UGACAAGUCAUUAAGCUUUUGGAGACGAUAAUGGCGAAUUGGCCAUUGAGAGAGAAAAUGAAUAGCUGUUCAUAACUGUGCUGUCAUCACCCUGUUAGCUAAAACCCAAUUUCCAAAACAAUCCAAAGCGCACGCGCAAACACGCUUUCUCAUCUUUCAUUAUAUAAAUCUCUCCAACCCUUCUUCCCGUUUCCACUUUCAUCUCUCUUUCUUGUUUCUAUCACGCAAAAGAGCAAGAACAAUCGUCCACCAUGGAAAAUAACAAUCAGAAGAAUAUGCCAUGGAUGUCAAUUCCACAAUUUGGGGAUUGGGAACAAAAUGGAGUAGUACCAGAUUACUCUAUGGAUUUCUCAAAAGUAAGGGAAAUGAGGAAAUUGAAUAAGAGGGAUCCUUCAAGAGCCAGCUUGGGGAAUGAAGAAGAAUUUUUUUCUUCCAACACACAGACUAAGAAUGCAACCCAAAUCGAUCCUCCUCCUUAUUAUCAUCAUCAUCAGACUCGCUCACCGACCACGAUGAGGGGCAUCUUUAGCUGUUUCAACUGUUUCUUCAGUAAGAGAUCGCGAUAAUCAACGAACAUUUGCUGCAGUUGUAAUUUCUACCAUUGUCAAACUCUCUUAAUUACCAUUUGUAAGUUGUUGAUAGUUGUAUUUAUUAGAGCUGGAUUUGAUUUUGCGAGCAUUGAAGCAGCUAGAACAUCCAUCCUCAGUGAGUGCAAUUUUUUUUUUGUUAUAAAUGUUGUCUUUUUUUAUUCACAGAAGGAUAUUUGGUUAUAAAAUUUUAUUCAGUCAUUUCCAUAAGAAUUGUAAACUUUAAAUCCAUUGCAUUACAUUUGACAAGAUGAAUACUUUUUUUCAACAAAGCCACUAUUUUCUUGUAGACUAUGUUUGGGGUGAACUUGGAAUUGAGUGUUCAACUCUUGCUUUUGAUAACUUAAAAUAAGGAAUUAUAAUU